AUGUCUACCUUCCCCAACGAGAAGUCGUCCGGCGAUGUCCAGUCCGAGGAGGCUGUCGGCGCGACUGUCGCUGCUCCCGUCGCCGAGGUCCAAUGCCCGCCGCACACCACCGAGCGCCGCCUCAUGACCAAGAUCGAUCUCCACGUCGUGCCUUACCUAUGUAUCAUGUACCUGCUGGCCUUUCUGGAUCGUGUCAACAUCUCCAACGCCAAUGUCUUUGGCCUGUCGGCUGAGCUCGGGCUCGAGAAGACGCAAUUCAACACCGCGCUAGUCAUCUUUUUCGUGCCAUACAUUCUUUUCGAGAUCCCUUCCAACCUGCUGUUGAAGAAGCUGCGCCCAAAUGUCUGGCUCUCCCUCAACAUGUUCGGCUUCGGCCUCGUCACCCUGCUGCAGGGCCUCGUCAAGAACUACAGCGGCCUGCUCGCCACGCGUUUCUUCCUCGGCGUCUUCGAGACCGGCAUGUUCCCAGGAGCAUUCUACCUGAUCGGAAUGUGGUACAAGCGCAGCGAGGCCCAGAGACGCUACUCCUUCUUCUUCAACAGUACCACCUUGGCCGGUGCCUUCGGUGGCCUGCUGGCCGCCGCGAUCGGGAAAAUGGACGGUCUCCGGGGAUACAAGGGAUGGAGGUGGAUCUUCAUCAUCGAGGGCGGUCUCACUGUCGUUGUCGCCGUCGCUCUGUACUUCCUCCUGCCCUGCUUCCCCGAGGAGACCAAGUGGCUCAACCCUGAGGAGAAGGAAUUCGUCACCACCCGUCUCCGGAUCGACCAGGGCCAGUCCUCUUCUGGACGCGAUCGAAGCGUCGGGUGGAAGGACGUCGGAAAUGUCUUCAAGGACUACAAGAUCAUUCUGGGUGGCUUCAUGUACUUUGGCCUGAUUGUCCCUGCUUACAGCUAUGCGUACUUCGCCCCGGGCAUCAUCCAAGGCUACGGAUACGACUCCAUCCAGACGCAGCUGCACAGCGUGCCCCCCUGGGCCGUGGCCUUUGGCUUCUCCAUGACCAUCGCCGUCUGCUCCGACAAGCUGCGCCACCGCUUCGGCUUCGCCAUCUUCGCCAUCUGCAUCGCCAUCGUCGGCUUCGCCAUCCUCAUCGCCGUCCACAACAACACCUCGGUCCAGUACGCCGCCCUCUUCCUCGUCGCGAUGGGCGCCUACACGGCCAUGCCCAUCAUCGUGUGCUGGUUCAACAUGAACCUCGGCGGCCACCACCGCCGCUCCAUCGGCUCCGCCUGGCAGGUCGGCUUCGGCAACAUCGGCGGCAUCAUCGCCAGCUUCAGCUUCACCGACGCCGCCAAGCCCAAGUACAUCCCCGGCUACAGCAUCUGCAUCUCCUUCACCGUGCUCAGCAUGAUCGCGGUGGUGGCGUACGCUGCCGCGUGCAUGCUGCAGAACAAGCAGAAGAGCCGGUCGGGCGACGACGGGCUCACGCAGGAGGAGAAGGAGGACCUUGGGGAUCUGGCGCCGGGAUACCGCUACCUCCUGUAA